AUUCUUGAAAGAGUUACCAGCCGUGCCCGAGAGUGCAUUCGAAAGAUAUGCUUCAGAUUUGCAACGUACAAGUCUCUAUCCGAACUUGAACUACUCGGGUCUUUUCUACGGAAUCGUCAAUCUGCUGGACGUAUUUCCACAGCUGAGUGCUGCACAGUCUGGUUUGUUCAUCGUCGCUAUCUGCUUUUUUUCAGUCGGGCUAUCAGCAAAAUUAACCACUCAAUUGUGA